AGUCGAGCAGCGCAGACGCGUUAUGCUCCGCGCGUUCCGAUCGACCUUCGUUCGUAAUCAUUCAGGGAGACAGCGAUUACUCGAACUAAUCAGAUGAAGUGGUUCAAUCGCCGCUUCGAGGGGAGAACGUGGCAGCAUUUUUCCGUUGCUGCGGAUCAGCAUGUUGAUUCCAAGGUACGCUUGGUAAUUAGAGAGACGGAAAGGAACUGAGAGAAGCGAAGGAAAGUUCGACGAAAAUCUAAUAUGCCUUGUCGCAAGUGAAGGUGGUGGUUCUACGGAUUUUCCCGAUAGAGGAAGUGGAGUUAUACUUUUUCCUCGGAGGGGGGGAGAAAGGGGGAGGAAACGAUCCAAGGAGAGGAGAGAUUCAACAAAUAAGUGUUGUCGCGAAGAGGCAUGCCUACGAAGGGGGAGAGGGGUAAAGCGACGGACUUUAGUAUCGCGGCCAUCAUGGCGCCCAGAGGUCCGUCCUUCGCGCAUUACCACCUGCAGGGCAUCAACAACGCCGCUGCCGCUACUAACACCAACCUGGAAUGCCCGAGCAGCAAAGGAUUCAUUACCGGUUCUACACUGGAUCACCGCGUUCGAUCAUCGCCGAUGAACAUCGUCGCACGGACCACGGUGAUGACGGAAGAAACUAUGUUAGGAGGCGACGAGGAGGCUGAAAACGGCGAGGGCGAGGGUGAAGGUGAGGGCGAAAGUGAGGGCACGGAGAAAUCUACGAAUGAGGAGGAGGAGGCGGACGUCGAUGUGGAGGAGUGCAGCAGCGUCGAAGACGGCCCGCUGAACAGGAUGCCGGCCGACGAGCUGGGUGGUACGUCGCGGAAAUCCACCGAAGAUGUCAGCAUGGCCGAGGACACGAAGGUGCGUCUCAGGACCAGCUGUAACUCCGACGAGCUGCGUGAUGUCGAGUGCCAUCUUGAGACCAGGGAUCUCUGGAAAAAGUUCAACAGCCUCGGCACGGAGAUGAUCAUCACGAAGACCGGCCGACGAAUGUUCCCAACCUGCCGGGUGUCCUUUAGCGGGCUCAAGACCGAGGGCCAUUAUUCGGUGCUAAUGGACAUCGUGCCGCUCGACAACAAGAGAUACCGAUAUGCCUAUCAUCGUAGUUGCUGGUUGGUGGCCGGCAAAGCGGACCCGCCGGCGCCCGCACGACUUUACACGCAUCCGGACUCUCCAUUUACUGGCGAGCAGUUGAGAAAACAGAUCGUUUCCUUCGAGAAGGUGAAACUGACGAACAACGACAUGGACAAGCACGGUCAGAUUGUGCUCAACUCGAUGCACAGGUAUCAGCCUAGGAUACACUUGGUGCUUUGUCGACACACCGACAGUAGCGACCUGAAAAUCACCGACCUUCAAAAGGAAGAACAUAAGACGUUUAUCUUCCCGGAGGUCAUUUUCACGGCCGUCACGGCGUAUCAGAAUCAGUUGAUAACGAGAUUGAAGAUCGACAGUAACCCGUUCGCCAAAGGUUUCAGAGACUCGUCCAGACUCACCGACUUCGAUCGGGACCCCAUGGAGAUGAUGGAGCAACAACUGAUGAGAUGUGUCGUGCCCCCGGUCAGACUUUACGAGCACUUAGCCAUAUCGUCCCCGGCGGCGGCGGCCGCCGCCGCAGCGCUCGGUGCGCAGCAACAACAGCACCACCAGUCGUCCGCGCAGCAGCAGCAACACGAGAACUCGUUACCGUGGCUAACACAGUCGCCGCUCUUGUACGGCGCAAGGGCUGCCGCGGGCUCACCCUCGCCCUACUCCACCCCCGCCGCCGUCGGCCCGGCCUUCCCGUAUCAUCCCGUCUGGUCCUGGCAACCACCCCCGAUCACAAUGAUCUCGCGACGAUCGUCACCCCCCAUCGCCCCUGCGCCCCCCGGCCUCAGGUAUGUACCGUAUCAAGCGACGGCGAGCACACCCCCGCCGCUGCGGGCACGCCCGUCCUCCCCCAAUUAGCGAUCCCCCUCGGCGACUGCUGCGUUCCUUCUCCCUCUGUCUGUGAUCGAGCGACUGAAAUCGAAAACCGGGCUCUGUCUUGGCGAGCUCGCUUGGACGAAUCGUGGAUAGCGUUGUGGAAAUUAAGUGAAGCGCGUCGUCAUUGUUCGGACAGCUGUGGAUGAAGUAACGCAUACUUUUACCCUACGUCUACGUAAAUUUAUCGAUUGAAUAUAGGCCCGGAUGUGCAAUAGGUGUAGCGAGCCUUUGCGUAAUUUAACAUUUGGAUCUUAGGAAGUGAGAAUGCUGUGCACGUUAGAGCUGAAAGCUAAAGAUUAGCUAUAUCUAUUGUAGAUCCGGCCUAAAGUGACCAUUGUUCUUUUCAAAUUUAAUUCAUUUUACUACUGUUUAAAUCGAUAAGUAUUUAAAAGUAAAAUCCGUUGUACACGUUGUAAUUCUCCGUCUGUGAUAGAUAGAUGAAAAUAUUUUUAAUUUAGUUUUUUUAUGGAAUGGUGACUGACCACUAAAUUUAUCUUGUGAUGCAAUAUUCGGUGUGUUAAAUUUUUCGCCGGUUACUCGCUUUAUCUAUACUAUAAUAAGAAACAAAGUACUUUCUAUACUGAUUAAAUAAUAUUUUUCUUGGUCUCCGUUGGACGCGCACAGGAGAAUGAAGGAGGGUUAGUAUUCCGCGUCGAGAUGAUAUCAAACGGGAAUUUCGGGAAUGUAAUGUAACUUCGUGUUCAAUCGUCGCAUAACGUUGUGAUUAUUGUGGUGUGCAUUCAAGAACUUACGAUAGCCUUCCGCUAACCGAACAUUCGUAUGUUUGCGAAUAAUAAUCAAGAUAUCCAUCGCGUCUUUCAAUCGGUAACAUCACUUAGUUCCACAUCGCGAGGAAACGAGGGAGGACGGUGUGCAACGUAUGCCUAGUGUUCGCGUUUCUCGGUAACACCCAGGUGCAGCCAAAGAACUAACCCUAGCGCCCAAUGUUAACCGUGUAAUGUGUAGGUAUUUAUAUAAAUGUAUAAUUCUGUAUGCAUGUCCUUUCGUUGAUAUGCACGAGGCGAGCGCAUUUCCCUCUCCCUCCUUCCUAAAAAUAACGCUUCCUUCCUUCUCUCCGUUGAGUUUCAAGACUGAACAUGUCACUUGGAUGAUAUAGAUCCGGAGGAUCAAUCAUGUUGGUGAUCCUGCCGUGAAAGUUCAGUCGCAGGACAUCUUCGUGCUCACUGUAGAGAUCGGAUUGCACGAAAAAGAAGGCUCGCGUCGAUGAAUCUUCUUGCCGAUUUCGUUCGAUUUGUAAAUAAUGUUCCGCGCGUAUUAGCAGGAACAAAUUUUUAUGGUAACGUGAUCACCGUACGCAAGUGUCCUCGUACAUGUGUUUGUUCGAGCGUUUAUGCAAUUUGAGUACGUGUAUGUAUGUGUGGGUGAUGGGACGAAUGAAAGUCAUAAUUGUAUUAUAUACCGCGAUAGUAUUAUAACGCGUCUUUCUUCGGGCGCUAUAAUUUGUACAGAAAGAAUUUCUUUGACAGUAGCGAGUAGUUGAGCAUCGCGUAUUUCUCGAUGUAGCACGACAGAAAUAAAUGAAUUUUCAUUAAUCGGCCCA